AUGCCAUCGUCUCCCACCGCACUUCAAUCAUCAAUAUUCAGAGAGUUGGUUCAGAAGAACUCAAACUUCUCGGAGGAUGAGAGUACUGACGGAGAAGAAACAAAGGACCAGCCACAGGUUGGUAGUGAUGAUGAGAUCGGUGGAAUUUUCUAUGAUGGAAUCGGCGACAACCUGUUUGCUUGCUCUUCCUGA